CGCGCUCGGCCAGACCAACCGUGGCCUCCGAGCGCAGUGCACCUACACCAUACCUAGCCGCCCCGCGGAGAAAGGAACUGCAACUUACGACAUCCGCGAACCGACCACAUCAUGAAGAUAUUACCUCUUAUCAUGCUGCUGGCGUGUGUGGCGUGGCAGGUAUCGGCGCGCGCGCAAGAUGAAGUUGAGCCAAGAGCGUCGCCUUCCCGCGGCCUGCUGAAGCGAGGGCUGGCGAAGAAGCCCUCAACAACGACCACUCCCGCUCCUCAGGAAGAGGAAUACGAAGAUGAAGGUGACUAUCCUGCCGAGGGAGAACAGGAGCCAUCCACAGAGGCGCCGCCCUCUUCCACGGAGGGCAAGAAACUUGUAGGCGGAGGCGUCAGGCCUUUCCGCAGCAACACUGACCUCCUCGAGACUUUGAAGAGAAGGAGAGCACAGGCUGCUGAAGCUAAGCACUCCAGCCACGCUCCCAUUGCCGCCGCCGCACAGUCGGAGGAUGCCCCAACAGAAGCGCCUCCCAAGGGUAACUUCAGUAAGAAGAGGUUCAACAACGCCCCUCCUGCGCGUGAGGCAACGUACGACGACGCACCUGCUCCCUCAAAGCCCAGCAGGGGGCGUUUCGGCAGACCGGCCGCACGAUCUAUCCCUGAACCUGAGAACGAGGAGCAGAAUGACGCUGCUCCUCCCACCAGGACUGGCAGGGGAUUCUCUCGAAGGGGGGGCUACUAAGUCCUAAAAAUACUCAUGUAAUCUAAUUCCUAAAAUCCUAUUCCCUAAUAUUCAACAUGGAGAAGCGAGACUAAUGACACCUUCAUGGCAUUCUCUUCAUUGCAUUUGGACAAGUAGUUAUUGAAAAACUGAUAUUCUUCAUGUAAUACUGACAAAUGACGAACAUAAAAGGAAAUUAGCUUUUUUAUACUUUUUUAUUCUCAAAUUAUUUUUUCACUACAUUCUUAGUUUUUCAAUUUUUCACUCUCCGAUAGAAUGACUCCAGAGGUGAUGUAAAUAAUAGUGCUGAUCAUAGUCUGCGCCGAUGGAAAUGGGAUAUCUUGCGAAUGCUUAAGGAAAGUUUCUGUUUCUGAGAACUCUAGAUUUUGCAACAUGUUUGUGACGGGUAAACGAAAAACCGAGGUCAUGCGCAGUUUUAACAUGCCUACUAUCACAUUUUUGAUUACUAUGAAUCUUAGACUCUACCUACCUUUGACCACUAAGUAAGCAUGAUGGAUUGUGUACCACAAUGGAACUGCCUAUCAUACCUUCAACUGCCGAAACAUAGCGAAGUAAACGUUGUUGUUAUGGCGACAGACUAUACAUAAAUAAUAGUGCUGAUCAUAGUCUGCGCCGAUGGAAAUGGGAUAUCUUGCGAAUGCUUAAGGACGACUAAGAUUGGCCCCGAAUUGUCUUGUCCUUAGUGAUAUCAAUAGGUUUAUUGCUAACUCAGUCAGUGCCUGAGUUAGGGGAAAGGCCCAGGGACUGACUGAGAUAAGUGCUAGAACUAUACCUAAGUCGUAUCACAUUUAUCAACCCGGACAGGGAUCGUAACCGUUUCAACUCGAAGCGGUCAGUAAAUUCUUUGUAUGAAACACCAUACUGCAACGCACACUUAUCGUAACGUAAACGCCUCGCCUCGCGGUUGACAGUGCCUUGUUGAUCCCAUUCAGAGUUGAUAAAUCUGCUAUGACCUUAAAAUCACUGAGACAGUUCAAUCUACUAAGUAGAUUAAGAUCAACUCAUUCGCAAAAACCAAUCCUUUUGGAACGGACUGUGGUUACCUCUCUGACAAUAUUAUAAACGCUUAAUAAUUCCAUGUUUUCUAUCUUUAUGUUUCUUUAGUUUGUGUAUUCAAUUUAAUUUAUUUUAAACUCUGUCUAUUAUUACUGUAUGACAAAGCCGAAUUAUGGCUGAAAGAUCACUAUGUUUUACAUUGUCUCUGGCGACCACAGAGAAUACCUCUAGGGAUUAUUAGUCAGUCGCAGAAGUAUUUUGUUACACAUGCGAAAUGGAUCUCAAUCGUUCGUAUAAUUGUCUCUCUCACUCGUUCAUACGUGUUUUCAACACCAAAGAUGAGACAAACAAAAUAAACAUUUCGCUGUGAAAGAAAGUGUUCAAGCCUCCGUGAUCCUCCCGUAUAAUAAGUAAACUGCCAUGUAUUUUAGUCUGGCUGAGGUUUAAAAUGAAUUAUUACAUGUUAAUAAGUACCUACUUUCUAUUUUUCUAUUGUAAAUUAUACUUUAUAAGAUAUUUUUAAAUACAUAAUUUUAAAUUGUCGUA